AUGUCUUACCCAACCCAACCCACCUUCAUCCACACCGGCACAUGGGACGACAAAACCCGCGCCCACCCCUGCAUGGCCUUCAUGGAGAGAUACACCCGCUCCAUAAUCGACACCCGUUCCUGGGACACGCCACCGCUCGACUGGCACACGCCGGACUUCGCCUUCCAGAAAUCCACGGGGCAAGUCGUCGAGAGCGCCGAGGCGGCGUUUAAGAGCGUCGCGGAGGUCUAUGGACCUUUUAGUGAGCAAUGCCAUGACCCGAGUUUCCUCAUCUGCUGGGAGACGUCCAAGGGUUGGGGGAUGUUUGGCAUCGCGAGUCUCUGGUGGACGCUCGCCGUGCCGGGGGGUUCUGCUAAAGUGAAGGACACAAACGGUAAGGAGUGGGAUGGCGUUGGGCCUGGGGCUUUCAGGUUCGAGUAUGUGAAGGAUGGUGAGGAGAUCAAGUUGGCGAGGACGGAGAUUUUCAGUGAUCCGAGUCAGGCGUUGGUGGAGAUGUUGAAGAGGGGGAUGAUCAAGGCGGAGGAUUUGAUGGCGUGA